CAGUACCUGAAUGCAGCAGAAUCACGCCGUACUGCACUUCCCUGUUCCUGCUCCUCCCAGCUCAAAGAUGGCAGCCAUGGGACAGAGAUGAGCGACGACAUGAAUUUUAAGAGUUUUGUCAUGAAACCACAUUGGGGUGUACAGCUGUUACAUGCAUGGUUUUAACAUGACAGCGAUAUAGUUUGUCAGUGUCAACGUGUCGUCUUACGAAGACAAUUAAAGGAUUCAGAAUAUCAUGUUUUCCUGUGGGCUAAGCUAGCAAGCAACGGUUAGCAAAUACAUGAACUUGUCUCUUGUGCCAUACAAGAAGAAAACAGCUGCUCUGAAUACGGUCUAUUGACAUCUUGCAAGCUCAGUUUCAUCAUGGCCAUCACUCAGUUCCGUCUUUUCAAGAUCUGCACGUGUCUAGCCAGCUUACUUUCUUUCUUUAAAAGGUUGAUAUGCAGGAGUGGAAGGGGCCGCAAGCUCAGUGGGGAUCAAAUAACUCUUCCUACAACAGUGGAUUUUUCAUCAUCGGUACCAAAACAGCCAGAGAUUGAAGAAUGGAGCUCUUGGGAUGAAGAUGCUCCUACAAGCAUUAAGAUUGAAGGUGGCAACGGAAACCUUUCCCCUUCACCCAACGAGAUGGACGAAGAGCCCGACUAUUUCAAAGACAUGACUCCCACCAUCAGGAAAACACAGAAGAUAGUGCUGAAGAAAAGGGAGCCUUUGAACUACCUGGUACCUGAUGGCUCAGCAGGUUUCUCCAGCAGACUGGCAGCUUCUCAGGAUAUGAUGACCUUCAAUCCACCCUCAGCUGAACUGGGCGAAAUGGACAACUGGCAGGAGGACACAAAUGCCUGGGAGGACGAGUCUGAUGCUGCCUGGGAGGCAGAGGAGGUGCUCAGACAAACGAAGAUGGCUGAGCGAGAAAAGCGGUCCAUGGAGCAGCAAAGGAAGAAGAUGGAGAAAGAUGCUCAGAGGAUGAUGAAGAAGGAGCAGAAGAUUGCCGUCAAGCUCUCGUAACAUUUUAGAAAUGCUCAAUUUUGAGGCAAAGGGAUGAGAGUGGGGCAACGACACUGAAUCAAUCGUCACUCAGUCUUUAAAGUCAUCAAACCAACCAGGAUUACCACCCUACACGACUUAUCUGUUAGCAAACUGUCCUCCUCCUCCACCCUGUUUCCACCAGCAGCCAUUUUAGUCCAUUUUCAAGCUGCAGCAGUGUAAAGUGCAUCAUUCUUGAGGCGAGAUAACGCACGUGGUGUACACCCGGUACAUGUGGCAAAAGUCAUUUUGGUCUUCAAGAGAGAGCUGUAUUUAUAUGAGCCAGUUCAUCUUAGGUAAAUGGUUAGUUACAGCAUUUGAGGGUUCCAUUUAGACUCUGAUUAAAUAUGUCUGGUAGCGUAGAAAAAUGUUCAUUUGGUUUUUUUUUCAGGAACGUGUAAAUAAACGGAUACUUGUACUACCUUUUGAAACUCAAAUAGGGAGUACAAUUCCCUUUGUUUGUCUUAUUUAUAACCUCAAAGGACAAAGGGGUGUAAUUAAUUUUAAGCAUCACUGUAUAACAGUGACAUCCCUUGGUUUGCUUGAUUAUUGUCUUUAUAAUUAUGUCAAUAGUUUUUUUCUAAUGAAUGUUGCUUGAUAUUUCACAUUAUCUCCCUGUGCUGUGCAGCCCUUAGUACACUGGAAAUCUGCAUUUAAAUGAAGGCUGAAGAUUUUCAAUAAGAGUAUGGAUAAAUGACCACAGAAUCUAGCCCAACUAUAAAUGUUAGCUGUGGGUUCCUAUGGUAAUCUCAUGGCUACUGAUCUGCCAUUCAUUUUUUUCCUUUGUCAGUUUUUGAUAUUGAAAGAAAGAGAGAGAAAAUCCAGUCAUCACUGCUUUGAUUUUUUUUUUUUCUUUUGCAGGGACUGGGAAUGUUACUUUGAUCUUCAAUAGUUGAUACACAGACGCUGUUUUUUUAAAACAUGGAUCUCUGUCACAGUGUAAUCUCAGACUCAAACUGGUCAUCUUGGCCUAUACAAAAAUGAAAAAAUAAAUUCUUGCUUACUUUCUCAUCUGAAAAUGUAAGGCAUAAGUUAAAGGUUUUGACUGAGCGUCCUGUUCUGCAUCAUUAUAAUGAAAUUACCAUUCAGUGUUAGGAAAAACACGUACCAGUGCCAAUAGGCAAGCUGUUGUCAUGGAAACAUUGGAAAGUGAAAAAAAGGCCUAAUACAUGACUUGGGUCGAGGUGAGGGGGGAAUGGUUCUAUACUGAAUGCUGCCAUUGGAAAAGCUUUGCAAGCUAUUUGAUGCUUCCAAACAAAUACUGGGUUGAUGUCUGAUUUAUUGAUCCUCGGAGGCCCUGGUUCUGUAGACACUUAAAUGAUAAAAUGACUGAUGAUUAUUAGUGUAUGGUCAUGUUUAACAGAUUAAUUAAGAGAAGGGAAUUCAUUGGUAUGGAUUUGUGUUUUCUUUGGAAUGUUAUUUUUUCAUUAAGAAAAGCAAGUUUUGUCAUAUUGCACAUUUGAGUUCUUCCAAAAAUGAAUGGCAGAGAA